AUAGAGAGAGAGAGAGAGAGAGAGAGAGAGAGAGAGAGAGAGAGAGAGAGAGAGCUGUAAGGUGGCAUUUGAGUGUUAUAUCUGACAGAGGAACGGUGACCGAGUUCUUCUGUGCUGGAGGAUGGAUGGAGUGACGCAGGAGCAGUAGAGAUCUACAGGGAAUGGAUGAACUCAUAGAGUCACUGGAGCGGCGUCUGCAGCGACCCCUACUGGCCAAGUCCAGGACAUUACCCAGCAUUCCACAGUCUCCCAUCGUGGGCCGUGUGCAAUCGAACUUACAGCAGGUUGGAGGAAGUGAGCCCCGCUUCCAAUUGGCUUCAAGCCCCAACCACCUCAGCUCCUGUACACUGCCCCCUGCAGAUGAUGCAUGGCAAUUAGAAGAUGAUAAUGAAGGUGAACAGCAGGUGGGAGGAUCAGAAGUGAAGCUCCGCCGACAUGUACCUUCGCCGUUCUCCCACCUGCACAGCCGCGCAGCAUACCUGAGGAAGAGUCUCUCAGUGGAUGGAUACCUGGGCGUGUCAGAGUAUGACUCCACCCACUCAGAGGGGUGUGGCUCACACAGUGGCAAAAGAAAGCUAAAGAGAAAAUUUAGUCUUGGUUCUGCAGAUAGAAAGGAAGCAAGGCAAAGAAGGGCAGAUACAAAAAUGACUCAGCGGCUUCAAGAGCAUUGCCCUCCAGCAAUACAGAAAUGUUCAAGUUUGUCCUGUUCUUCUCCACCCAACGCCGCACGCCGUCUCUACAGAAACCUUUCCGGGAAAUUCCGCCUGGGAAAUUCAGAUGAGACGGAGAACAAGGAGCAGCUACGCAAAGCUAACGCGGCAUUGUUUGAGGCAGUGGAACAACAGGAUCUGGAUCUCGUGGAAUCCCUUCUGAAGAACUUCAGUGAUGAAGAGCUGGACCUAAACACACCAAACAGUGAAGGCCUUCUUCCUCUCGACAUUUCCAUCCUCACUAACAAUGUCCCCAUGGCGAAACUGUUACUGCAGAGCGGUGCUAAAGAGAGUCCACACUUUGUGAGUCCGGAGGCAAGGGCGGUUCAUCUGGUUGCUUUGGUGAAGGAGGCGGAGGUUCGUGUGUCUGAACUGGCUGCCCAGGUAAAGGGGGCGGAGCCAACAGAUGAAGGGGCUGAUACAGAUAGAGAGAGGCAACUGAAGGCAUGGGAGUGGAGACUCCGCCUCUACAAACGCAUGCAGACAGGAUACACACAUGCUAGCCCCCCUGACCCACCCAGCUGUGUACGUCUUUCCGUCAGCAGCUCUUCAAGUCUUAAAGUUAAUUUUCAGGAGCCGCUGUGCCUCAACGCUGCCAUCAUCACCAAAUACCGCGUGGUGUGGAGUUCCUUUCCAUCAUUUUCUCCACUGCUUGGUGAGAUUGUGGUUGAGGACACGACCCUACUGCAAUGUGACAUCACAGGCCUCCGAGCUGGUGUACAUUAUUAUGUUCAGGUGUUUGCAUAUAACAUGAAGGGAUGGAGUGAACCUCAGAUGUCUGUACCUUCCUGUGCAACCCCAUCAGGAUGGAGGGAUGUGGACGCCCGUGUGCCGCGGGUAAACGGCCUCAGCGAGACACUGCUCCAGAUCCUGGGACAGAUUAAAGAGUUGCACCAGCACUGUGUGUGUCACGAUCAGUGUAAGGGACCACCCAAUAUCAGGAAGCACUCUGUCUCUAAAAGCCUGAGACAUCUCUUUCAGCCCACCAGCAAAUUUGUCAAAAGUCUGAAAAGAGGUUUGUACCUAGCGUGUGUGUUUUAUAAAGAUGAUAGUGUGGUGGUUACAGCGGAGGAGCAGCUGCCUGUCAUGGAAGUUGAUGAUUCUUACAGCUCCCUCACACAGGACUUCCUGUGGUUCACCAAGGUAACAUAUUUGUGGGAGGACAUUCAGUGGCUGCAGCAGUGUGCUAGCUCCACCCACCCGUCCUGCUCCUGCACCUUGCAGACCCGCCUUAAAAUUCUACAAGCUUUAACACAGCUUCAGGCUCUGUUAGGUACUCAGGACCUGGGCCAGGUGUACUUCGAGCCCCUGCGUGAUAAACAUGGUAACACUGUGUUAGUAUUGUUGCGGGAUUUAGGCGGAUGUUCAGAUCUGGACACACAGCGAUGGUGUAAACUCAUCAAACUCCAACUGCAGCGCAAAUCCACCAGCUGUGCAGAAGAACCUACAGCCCUCGACACACUUCUCAUCUCCCUGCAUGAGAAACUUGCCUAUCAUAAGCGGAGUAGGAAGGUGCUUUCUCCUGGACUCUAUCUGGGUUAUAUGAAACUCUCCAGCUCCGUGGAACAGAUCAGAGUUUUGGUUCCUCAGAAAAUCCCCAACGUGUUUUGCCAUGUCAAAAUACGAGACAACAGCCACGUCUCCAGGGAGGAGUGGCAGUGGCUGCAGUCAGUACGCUCUCUGGAUGACACUCAGGAUGUUUAUGCUGAGGAGCAAAACGCUGCCCAUCGUCUCUUACUGGAGAUACGCAGUGCUGCUAACGAUCUACUGGGACGCAUCAACAUUCCAAACAACCAGGCUCAGGAUUUCCGUAUUUACGUUAGUGAUGUGCUCGAGUUCGGAGAGGGCGUGUCUUUCCUCUUGCUCCUCCCACCAUAUGAGGAAGUCUGUACGCCACCUGGACAAAACAACUUCUCUCCUCGAUCUGGAUUCUUUACCCUGCCUCUACAGAUCUUUGAGCUGGUUCAUUUUGGAGCAUACUAUCCCACAUUUAUCAGUCAGUACUGUCGUGCAUCAGCCACCUUGGAUCUGGAGUCCCUCAUUUCCCAGCAGGCUUUGCGGGAGGCGUUCUCAGAGUCUGAACUGCUCACUGCCAGGCAGAGACAUCAAAAAAUUCAGGAUCUUUUACAGCACAUGGAUGAGGUUUGGCGUGAGGCUCGCUGGAUGGUGGAGGUGUUACAAUUCGCCCGUUAUAAACAACAGCGUGUUGGUGUGAAUCUUGGCUCCAUCAUCGAUUUCAGCAAGGAGAACAUUGUUGAAAAAACACCUUCGACUUCUUCCCAGCCCGACUAUCUCCCCUCACCCGCCCCCUCACCCGCUCCGUCACCCAUAGACUCACCUGUCCCUUCACCUGAUAGUGGCCGCAAAUACCUGGAUCAUCUGUCUGAUGAUGAAGGUUCUUUAGAGGUCUUUCUUACUCCAGACAGUGAUUACAGCUCCAGCCCACGAGAACUUGACCUCCUUCCACCAUCACAUUCCCUCUCUCACACACACACUCUUGCUCAGCCAGAUGUGCUGUGCCCAGGGGGCGGAGUCAGGCCGGGGGCGGAGCUGAUAGACAGUGACUUUGUCCUGCCGAGUCGUCAGAUCGAGCUGCUGCGCAUCACAGAGAAAAGAACGGCGUUGUGUGUGCGUACCAGCAGCCUCGAAGCCCCGCCCACUCCGCUAGUGACAACUCCAAACCCCUCCCCUUCAAAAGUUUGCCCACGCCCUGGACCUGUAAGAUCCCUGUCAGAGGACAGCGGGAGAAAACAGAGCUCCUCCCACUGCAGGAACUCAAGUCAUAGGUCCUGCUACUCAACUGUCAGGAUUUAUCCACAGUACCACACAGGCCUUCCUAAGGAGACCAGCGUGAAGCUUAGAGCGACGAUACACACCACAGCAAGGGAGAUGGUGCAGCUGGUGGUUCAGGAAAUAAAUGGACUGUGUGGACGUCUCCGGAGUGCCGUCCAGCAGUGUGUGUGCCCUGGACAAGUGUGUGUGUACACAUCAGAGCAGCUGGACCACUUUGCGCUCGUCCUGCUCACGGAGGGACGUGAGAAAUGGCUGCAGGACGAUUUCUGUCCUCUCACACUCCAGAACCCGUGGACUCACGGCAGACUGUGUGUACGAUUUAAACAGUGUUCUCCUCUUGCUCUAGAGCAUGGCAGAGCCACUACAGUGUAGCGGGAAAACACACACACACACACACACACACACACGGUCAGACACACCAUAACACAAAAACACAGCCAGACACACACAUACACACACUCACUCACAAUAACACACACACACACACUUAUACAUACACACGAACACACUAACAGUAGAUUACAGGCAAUAAUAAGAGUAAUAGAGCAGACAGAACUGAUUAAAACCCGACCAGAACUCAGAACUCAGAACCGCACUGAUCACUAACCAUCCUGUUCAUACACACAUCAUUUACUGUAUGUAAGUAUGGUGUAAUUAAUUCAUCUGUUUACACACACACACACACACACACACACACACACAGUUCUGCCUGAUGUCCUGAAGAGGAGCAACAAAAUGAGAUGAUCAAAUCAGCAACUGUUCUCUUUUAUCCUAACUGAUCAUCUGUAAAGAUAAUCAGCAGCAGCCACUCUCAGGAUUAUAGCACAAGGCUGAAGAUUCUAGCACUGAACUGAGCAUUACAGAACUACACUGAACAUUCUAGAACCACACUAAGCAUUACAGAACCACACUGAACACUCUAGAGCCACACUAAGCACUCUGGAACUGCACAGGUCAUUCUAGAACUUAUCUGACCAUUCUACAAAUAAAUUGAGCAUCCCAGAACCAAACUAAGCAAUCUGGGUAUCCUCAAACCACACUGAGCAAUCUAGAACCCAGCAUUUUAGAGCUACACUGAGCAUUCUGAAUUCACACUGAAAAUUCUAGAACUUCACUGGGUAUUCUUGAAUCACACUGAACAUUUUAAAGCCACAAUGAGCAUUCAGGAACUACAGUAAAGGUUCCAAAACUGGACGAUUCAAUCUCUCUGAGGAAUCUGUGGAUUUUUUAGGCAUAAUGAGUCUUUUCAUCUCCACCAUUCUAGAGUGGCCUUCACAACACUUCAUCUUCUCUGGGGGAAUUCACUGAGACUGGACUACAUACACUAAAGUUACUAGAAUGUGUAUAUGCAGAUGAUAUUCCUCUGGGUGUGGACAUGGGCGUGGAUGGGGGGUGUGGACAUGGGUGUGGGUGUGGCUAAGGGAUGAAUCAACUCCCCCUGUUAUUCAUUGUUAUUUACAUGAUCUGAAGGUUGAGUUGAAACAGUUAAUCAGCAGGAUUUAGCUUUUUGCAGUGUACAGCUGAAUGAUGCAUGUGUGUGUGUGUGUGUGUGUGUGUGUGUGUGUGUGUGUGUGUGUGUGUGUGUGUGUGUGUGUGUGUGUGUGACCUCUUCAUUCCAGAUUAAUCACCUUAGGUAAUGAUCAGGUAUAAGGAUGAGCUAACCUUCCACUAGCUGAGCAGAGCUUCCUAUCUUUCUUACAUGAGUAAGAUGCGUGUGUGUGUGUGUGUCUGUGUGUGCGCACGUGUGUGUGUGUGUGUGUGUGUGUGUGUAUCUGGCAGUGUACAUUUAUGUCACUGAUCUGGAAUCAUGACCACUGCUGUACAGUAAAGUUUUUCCACUGGAGACAUAAA